AUGCGACGAAGAAUUUCAUUUCAUCUCUUCUCGCUUCAUUUCAUUCUACUAUUCAUCUCCAUUCACAUCGAAGGAUGGCAACCACCGCUGCGACAAUGGUGGAAACAAAGACAAGAAACGUCUCUCGUGUCAAAGGAUACGGAUACAUCUUCCAUCCCGACACGACUUCCAAAGGCUCCGAAACUGGACAAGCUUGAAUAUCAUCCACUAAUAGGUAUAUUGAAGCACUUUCAAAAGGACACCGCCGAAGCAUUGCUCGAACUUGCCAACUAUUGUCGUGAAAACGAUCUUCCUGGAGUUCGAUUGAGCGCGGGGAUUGCAGGGACAUUUGAGCUGAUAACUGAUCCUAAGCUAGUUGAAUUUGUCUUGAGCGAUAAGGGACAGCCUAACUACAAAGAAGGCAUUUUUUACAAAUCAGCAUUGGAUCGGCGAGGAGUUGGUUUGUUGGCUGGACAAGGGAGUUUGUUGUCGGAUGGUCCAGACCAUACUCGCAAACGGCGAUUGAUUCUUCCAGGUAUGGACCGAUCCUCGCUAGAGGGAUUCUUAGAGAUUAUGGAAACUGUUUCUAUGGAGUAUAGCCAGUCAUUGACUUCGAACAGUACGAGUACCAGUACCACUCAAAACGUCGGUGAACUCUUGUCGGCGAUUGCCAUGAAAAUAGUCGGUUUGGCUCUCUUUUCGACCAACGUGGUAGAAAAAUCCAUCUACAAUGACAUUGUGGUGUGUUUAGAACAUGUGGUGUGGUACACUCGCCAUCCAUUGGCGGCACCGAUGUGGAUUCCCACACGGCGAAACCGGAAGUUUCGAAAAGCAUUGAAGCGGCUAGAUGAUUUGGUGUACAGUCUCAUUGAAAACGGGCAACGACAAAUGCAAGGUUCGAAGGAAGGUGGAUUGGGUUCUAAAAACGACUUGCUUUCCAUGUUAUUGCAGGCGCGGUACGAUGAUGGAGGUGGAUCCAAAUUGGAUGAUAAAGAAUUACGCGACGAAAUCAUGACCCUAUUCCUCGCAGGCCAUGAGACCACUGCAAUCACUCUCUGUUGGAGUCUUUGGUAUUUGGGCGAUCCUAAACACGAGCACUGGCAAGAUAUUAUCGUGGAGGAAUACGAUCGUAUUCAAAACGAAACUGGAUACACGCCUGGAGUAGUGGAAGAUCCCGAGGCGUUGAAAAAUACGCGAUCAGUGCUUUGCGAAGCCUUGCGCUUGCGGACUCCCUCGUAUGCCUUUGAUCGAGAAGUGCAGCAGAAGAUUAUUGCUCCUGGUAACAUUUUGUGGAAACGCAAGGCGCUGUUGAUGUUGUCACCCCUGGCCAUGCAUUUGGAUCCUCGUUAUUUUGAUAAUCCAGAAGAAUUUGAUCCUAGCAGAUUCUUGGAAUACAAGGAAGGAAAGGAUCUCUGGGAUGGCCCUUACGAUCGGUCUGUCUAUCUUCCAUUUGGAGCCGGUCGGAAACGAUGCAUUGGAUACAAAUUUGCGCAAUGGGAGUCACUGGUCAUUCUGGGCACGCUACUGAAACAUGUGAAAGUGAAGCGUCCAGAAGGGGCGACAAGUGUCGAAUGGGAGCCAGGUGUGACACUUCGACCGGAUCGUGACUUGGAGCUGGUGUUUGAACCGCGAGAAAAGCGAGUUGAUACAGGCUCCAUCUCGGGGAAAGAGGAAUCGAGCAUAGUUGACUAA